GUUCAUUCCUCCCCAAUAGCAUACAUCAAAUCCCUUUAAAACAACCAAGCCACUAACAUAUCAUCCCUACGAUACGAAUAUGACUACUUCAGGACAGAAAGACCAAAAUAAAUCUGGGAAGGGGAUGAGAGGGUUCGACCUUGGUAGUGUUGACGCUCUGCCAAAUGUUGAUCUCGCCAGCGGUAUUUUUGAAGCACCCGGUGCGAUUUCCGAACCUGGGGUUGGAAAAGGUAGUACCGGUGAUUCGAAAAGAUCUGGAGGCGGGAGUGGUGGCGGUGGUAGUUCUGAUCACAAGCUUAAAGAUACCGCAGGCGCUGGGGCUAUGAUUUUGUAAGAAGAUUCCUGGAAGGUGGGCUGGUCGCUUGUGUCUGAAUAGAAGCUAAGAAAUUUCUCAUCGUAGAAUCUUGUCCUGAUGACGAGUAAACCUUCCAUCCGGAUACGCUAUCACUAACCAUAAAAGUUUGGCUGCC